GAUGUCUUUAUCACAAUGUAGAGGAAAAAAUGAACCUCUUUGAAUAGAGUCAGAGCAACAACAGGCUAGCAAAGAGGUGGGAUGAGGGAAAAAAAAACACCUCUUCCUGAUCCGACAGAGCUGCGUGCCACGAGACGGGCACUGUGUGGAUCUACUCAAGCCUAUAAUCACACCCCGAGCAAAAGGACGGCAGCUCCUGUCCAGAAGCCUACAGCUCUGGUGUGUGCUUUUAUUGUGUUUUUAAGCAAGGGGACGGACGUGAAAGUGUAGCAAGAGAACCAAAAUGACAGAGAUGACCGACAGCCCGGCGUGUGCUGACUCAGAGCUGGCACAGUGCGAGGCCGAGGUGGGCAAUUUGCUCCAAAUCAUAUCUGAGCUUAACGUGAAGAUGGGCGCCCUGAAAAUACCACGGGGUCGAAAGGACUGUGAGACACAGAAUCAAGCCUGCAAGCCAGUUUCAGACCUGAACUCCAGUCCCCCAGCACCACAGAGUAGCCGAGUGGCUCAUGUUGGAACAGCAUCGGUGGAGUCUGUCACUAAGCAAUACUCAGGGGAAUAUGAAGGGGGCAGUGGAGAGCUAUGGACGAAGCUCCAGCAGGUUUUGUCUACUCUGGAGUCAUCUGCCAGCAGAGGGAGAAAGUUGGUCGCCCCUCACAUUCAUGAUGAUGAAAAAACCCAGGAAGAGCAUAUUACUGCAGCGCGUGAUACCUGGGUUCAGGCCACACAAGUAUUAGAGGAAAUGGAGAGGGAGCUCGGAAUCUCUUACCUAUCUGCAUUACCCACUGAAGAGCGUCAAAAGUAUCAAAAAGAGGUUGUGUCACUGGGUAAACUCAACCGGGAUCUGAGCAGCAGCCUGCAGAAACGUCAAGAAGAACAGAAGAAAAUGGAAGGAGCCAUUUUGGAGAUGGAGGAAGAGAAGAGAAGACUUCGAGAGAAGUUGGACGAGCUGAAAAACAAAUGGCUGAUUACGGCUAGUUGUUCCCCUCCCAGAAGUCCAUCCUUGUCCUUUAGCAGGAUCCCAAGCCCCUGUUGGGCAUCUCCUACGAUCCCUGCGUCUCCUCUUUUCUCACGUAGAAUGCCCAUCUCACCGCCCGGCUCUCCGUCCACGCCACCAAGACUCAGUUCUGCCAGCUCAGUUCUGGAAACUGAGACGGAGCGUCUCCAGAGGUCCUUGGAGAGAUUGAAAGCAAGAAAUGAGCGGCUGACAGCAGCUCUAGAGAGACGGAAGAGCGAGUCAGAGCAGGUCAGCAUGGCUCUGAGCCGCCACGAGGCUGACUGCUCAGCUCUGCACAUGGCCCUCACAUACUGUGAAGAAUGUGAAGAGGCAUACUGUGAUCUUUUGUCCCUGUAUGAAGCCAGGAAACGACAGAAUGCUGCGUUAGCAGAGCCGUCUACCCCAGAACACACUGGCAAUGUGAAUCCUGCUAAUGAGGAGUCAUCCUGCACAACAGUGGCCACCCAGAACAGUUUGUCUUCAGAGGAGUUUGAAGAUAAGUCUGGAGUCAUUCGGCAGAGGAUCACCCGUCUGAAGCAGGACAGGAUGGCAGUGUGUAUUCCACAGCAGACCAGGACAGGAGAAGGGAAGCUCAGCCCUGAUACGGGCACGCUGGCCGGAGCAAGGAGGCUAAGCUUUCUGUCCUCAAACAAUCCCAAAGAAGAGAAAACAGCACUAAUGUAUGAGCUAGUCAACGUCAAGGAGGAGAUAUCUGAGCUGCGGGGACUCAACAGGCUGAAGGAGAAGGAGCGGCGCUCUUUGGAGUUUUCUCUGGUGGCCCAUAGGUGUCAGGACUCAGCUGCGGCUGCCAUGGCACAUAGCCUGCGAGCGGAGCUGGAGGACAGGAGAGCAGAACAACAGAGGAUAGAUGAGAUUCGGGCCAAGCUGGAGAGUGGAGCGGGAAUUCCUGGGCCACGGAAUCACGCCAUCAUGAGAGAACUUCAGGCAAUACUACAAAGUGAGCAGACAUUAAAGAGGAGAGUGACAUCCUUACGAGAAUUGUUGGACACAGCGAUGUCAGACGGCGCCACACAGAGAAGAGUUAAUAAGGAAGAAGUGGCCCGCUUCUUGUUCUGUCACAAUAAAGCCAUGAGUGCAUGCAGGAGCGCUCGCAAAAAGCACCACGAGCAGCUGUGGAGGAUCGAGCGACAAAUGACAGCCAUGCAGGAACGUCACGAGUCUCAACUGGCUGAACUAAAAACCACGCUGGAGGCGCUGGAGUGGAAGAAGGAGGAGACAGUGCUCUAAAACACAUUUUAUAAACUAACUUAUAACUGCAAUAAAAAAUAUUUUAGCAUUCUAUGUAACUUAAGCUCAAGAGAGCAUAUAAAGAAGGGGACACUGAGGGAAAUUUGACUUUUUUUUCACAAUGAAAAGUUUCAUUUAGGUGUUUGAAUGAAAAUACUUUAAGUUAUUUGCAAACCAAUGGCUUUAGUGUCCUUUAAAGUUCUUUGUAUAAACAACCCUAGGGCUAAUGAGUGUGUGUUUUUUUUUUACAAGCCAUUCUGUGAUAUUAUUAGGUGCAUAUAAGCUUGCUCGUGUAAGGGGGUCUUUGUGGGAACACUGGGAUGAACAGAUCGCGAGAAAAUGGGAGCAGUGUUUACCAAAGGUCAUGUAUUUAUUCUGCGUGCAAAAAAACCACGCUCCCUGCAAAGAUCUGGCCCUUCGCUCGAGUCAAACAAUAGAUGAAAGACAAAAGAGGCUGAACAUAGAGGAUCUCGGCUUGGCCAUUUGUCUCCUUUUACUGAGUCCACCUUUCUCAAGACUGCACGCUCCCAACCCCCAAUGUUCGGACGCAGCUGUGAAUGCCACUCAGUAGGUUGAGGCAAAGGUUGAGUGUCACACCCCCAGGGGUCAAAGGGCGGCCUGUACUGUUGUUGAAGCCUGUGAAUGUAGGGGUGACGAGGCCAUGCUUAACUGAGACACUAGCCUGAGCUAGAGAUAAAGAAGAUCAGAGGAACGGAUGACCGAGUCAGCUGCACAUGCUGCGCUGAUCAUCGUAAUGAUAAUGAAUCCUGAGUGCAGCAAUUAUACUCAAUUUUAUUUAAUAAUGUUUUGUAACGAUAUAAGGCUGGGCAAUAUGAUGAUAUAAUAUCAAGAUAAAUUAUGUUACAAUA